UACGUCAAACGCCGACCAUUCACCGUCUCUCGCACGACGUUUGGGUACGUGUACGGGCUCUGGACGUGGUUUGCAGACGUUAGUUAUCAAAAUAGAAACUGUCAUUUAAUUUAUUUAUUAUUUAUAACUUCGCUGUGAUCUGAUAAGUAAUAACCGCGACGAUGACGGUGCCGGAGGAUCUUCUCUCGAAAUUCAUAUCGCUUGGGAUGAGCGAACAGAAAGCCAAAGAAACGCUGAAAAAUGUGAAUGUUACCAAGAACCUGCAGGCGGCAUUGCAUGAAGCCCGCGGUCUGGAACUGGGCGAAGGAGUUGGAAUGCUCCUCUAUCAUAUGGCGUCCAAGAUUAAGCCGCAAAUCGCGGAUGACCUCCCGCUGCUCGUCAAGUACAUCGUCUCUAGAAAGUUGGACUCGACGAUGCGCAUUGAUGUGGCCCUUGACUACUUGCUUUCUCACGGUCACAAGAAAGAUGCCAUCAACACAGAUGAGUUCGAGAAAGAAUGCGGAGUCGGAAUCAUUGUUACGCCAGAGGAGAUCGACCGAGCGGUCGAGGCUCAAAUCAAGAAGAAUCGCGAUGCGAUCUUGGAGCAAAGAUAUCGUUUCAAUGUCGGCAAAAUAAUGCAAGAAGUGCGCGCUGAGCUAAAAUGGGCUGACGGUAAAGCUGUUAAAAAUGAAAUUGAAGUUCAAAUCUUUGAUUUGUUGGGCCCGAAAACCGAAGAGGACUUAAAACCACUUUCGAAAGCAGAUAAGAAAAAAGAGAAGCCUGCUAAACCUGCAGUAGAAAAAGUUACCGCGGAUACAACGAAAUCCAGUGAAGACAAGGAAAAGGAUGGUGCAAAUACAAUCGCUGAGCUCAUGAAAACGAAAGUUCAUUUUCACGCUCCCGGAGAAAAUCACAAAACAGAUGGUUAUGUUGUCACCGAAGAGACCGAACGACUGCUCAAAGAACAUUUGAAAAGAACGGGAGGUAAGGUUCGAACACGUUUCCCGCCAGAACCGAAUGGAAUUUUGCAUAUUGGCCACGCUAAAGCCAUCAAUAUUAAUUUUGGUUACGCCGCUGCUCAGAAUGGUGUCUGUUUUCUGCGAUAUGAUGAUACCAACCCAGAGAAGGAAGAAGAGAAAUUUUUCGUUGCAAUCAAGGAUAUGGUUGAAUGGCUGGGCUAUAAACCAUACAAAAUCACUCAUUCUUCUGAUAACUUCCAACAAUUGUACGAUUGGGCCGUGCUUCUAAUCAAAAAAGGAUUAGCAUACGUUUGCCAUCAGAAAGCGGAUGAAAUUAAAGGAUUCAAUCCACCACCAAGUCCAUGGCGUGAUCGUCCCAUCGCUGAAAGUUUACAACUCUUUGAAGACAUGAAAAAUGGAAAAAUAGAUGAAGGCAAAGCAACACUUCGAAUGAAGAUCACUUUGGAGGAAGGUAAAGCCGACCCCGUUGCGUAUCGAAUUAAAUUCAUCCCGCAUCAUCGAACAAAAAGCGAUUGGUGUAUUUAUCCCACCUAUGACUAUACUCAUUGCCUUUGCGACAGCAUUGAAGAUAUCACGCAUUCAUUGUGCACGAAGGAGUUCCAAUCGCGACGCUCAUCAUAUUAUUGGCUGUGCAAUGCUCUCGGAAUUUAUUGCCCCGUACAGUGGGAGUAUGGCCGAUUGAAUAUGAAUUUUACGGUUGUGUCGAAACGCAAGAUAGGCAAACUCAUUUCAGAAGGAGUAGUCAAUGAUUGGGAUGAUCCACGAUUGUUCACUUUGACGGCAUUGAGACGAAGAGGAUUCCCGGCAGAGGCGAUUAACAACUUUUGUGCUCAAAUGGGCGUGACUGGAGCUCAGGUGUCCGUCGACCCUGCCAUGUUGGAAGCAUCCGUCCGAGACGUUUUAAACGUUAGUGCACCACGAGUUCUAGCAGUCCUAGAACCCCUCAAAGUUACCAUCAUCAAUUUUCCGUAUGAAAACCCAAUUGAACUCGACGUUCCUGACUUCCCUCAAAAUCCCGAAAAAGGAACUCACAAAAUCACCUUCGACCGUGUGAUCUACAUCGAACGCAGCGACUUCAAAUUAGAACCAGAGAAAGGCUACCGGAGAUUAUCGCCAAACCAAACAGUUGGACUUCGUCACGCCGGUCAAGUUAUCAAAGUCACAGAAAUUAAGAGGAACUCUGCGGGAGAUGUCACAGAACUCCUCUGUACAUGCGAAGCUGCCGAAAAAGCAGAGAAACCAAAAGCUUUCGUCCAAUGGGUGUCAAAGCCUGUCGAAAUCGAAGUUCGACUGUACGAUUUACUGUUCCGACAUAAAAAUCCGGAAGAUGCAAACGAGGUGCCUGGCGGAUUCUUGAGUGACUGUAACCAGAAUUCUUUGACGAUACUAACAUCAUACGCAGAUGCUUCGGUAUCGACGGCGAAAGUUUAUGAUAAAUUUCAAUUUGAACGCAUUGGAUUUUUCUCAGUUGAUCCGGACAGCACUAAAACGCAUCUGGUUUUCAAUAGGACUGUGACGUUGAAAGAAGAUGUUGGUAAAAAUUGAUAAAAAAUGUCAUGUCUUUAUAGUGAAUGGAGAAUAAACGAUACGUAAAGCUUUUCUUAUA